CAAAAUUGUUUUUUCUGGGUCUUUUUCUCUUUCAUCACUUGUUGAUUUGCUUGCUGUGUUCCUGAAAAUGAUGAAGUGUUUCGACGUAUUUAAGCACAAGUGCAAGUCCAGGCGUGGUGCCAAAUCGGCGCCGGAAUUGAGCCGAAAAAGUAGGGCAGCAGAUCAAAAUUCAGGUUCGAAUAACCGUGUAUCUAAAUCCACUGGUUCGAUUUCAUCGCCACGGAGCAUACCGGAAAUGUACAGAGAAAAAGAGCAUAAUCUGAGGGUGUUUUCUCUGUCAGAGCUCAGAGAAGCAACCAACAAUUUCAAUAAGUUGCUCAAAAUUGGUGAAGGUGGUUUUGGGAGUGUUUAUAAGGGCUCUAUUAAGCCUCCAUUUGGGCUUAAUUCUGCUAAUCCCACCAUUGUUGCUAUUAAGAAACUCAAUACUCAAGGCUUGCAGGGACACAAGCAAUGGGUUGCGGAGGUACAAUUCCUAGGAGUGGUGGAUCACCCUAAUCUUGUAAAGCUUUUAGGAUAUUGUUCGGUCGAUGGAGAAAGAGGAAUUCAGCGGUUAUUAGUUUACGAGUACAUGCAUAAUAAAAGCUUGGAAGAUCAUAUUUUCAACCGUGCUGUGCCUACUGUUCCUUGGAUAACCAGACUCAACGUUAUCCUUGGUGCCGCUCAAGGAAUGGCCUAUCUGCACGAGGGUUUGGAAGUCCAGGUGAUAUAUAGAGAUUUCAAAUCCUCUAAUGUACUUCUGGACAAGGACUUCACUCCCAAGCUCUCCGAUUUUGGGCUCGCGAGGGAGGGCCCCACAGGGGACCGCACUCAUGUGUCUACUGCGCCUGUGGGGACAAGGGGAUAUGCAGCACCGGAAUACGUAGAGACGGGGCAUUUGACAGUGAAGAGCGAUAUAUGGAGCUUUGGUGUUGUGUUGUACGAAAUACUCACUGGAAGGCGGACUUUAGAGAGGAACCUUCCAGCUGGAGAGCGGAAGCUUCUAGAAUGGGUCAAACAGUUUCCGGCCGACAGUAAAAGGUUUAGCAUGAUAAUGGAUCCACGUCUCCAAAAUCAGUAUUCGCCAAACGCUGCUAGGAGAAUCGCUAAAUUGGCCGAUAGCUGCUUGGUAAAAAACCCAAAAGAUCGGCCGACUAUGGGUCAAGUAGUUGAGAUAUUGAAGCAAGCAACGGAAGAGUCGCAAGGAGGGAAUUCUUCGCGCGCGCCUUAGGUUUUAAAUGUGAAGGAUAAUGAACUCGGGAUUGUAAAUACGAGAGAAUAUUUCUACUAUCCCCUACGGCUGUAUUUAUGUAUGAAUACGCGUCAGAGUUUUCGAUUUUUGUAUUCCUAUUCCAUAUUAUUAUUAAUCUUCAUACAGGGAAGAGAUUGAGAGAAAAAGAAAAGUUGUAGUUUAGUUGAUAUAUUUGUGUGUGUGUGAGAGGGAGAGAGUGACCGUGUGUUAUUUUUAGUAUUAUAUAUGGUCAUAAAUCCAUUGGAUUUGUACGUAUGUAUGUAGCAAUGUAUAGGUGUGUGAAGAUGGUGUAUUUCAUUUUGAAGGAUAUGGAGGUUGGCUUUUGUUCCUCUU